CGGUUCAAAAUUUCCUAUAAAUUGCCUCAUUUGGAUUCACUCUUAUGCUCAUUCAUCAUUCCCUUCUUCAUUAUAUAAUUUCUUCAUGCAUAAUCCUCCCUGUUUCUUGAUCUUCUUCUUGCUUUUUGCUUCAACUUUCUGUCAUGGCAGUGACUUGACGACAGUUGAAGUUGUUGGAGUUGGAGAAUGUGCAGAUUGCUACAAGAAUAACAUUAAAACCAACCAUGCCUUCUCAGGGCUUAGUGUUAGCAUUGACUGCAAACAAAAAGAUGGAACAAUAGAAAGAAAAGGGGUUGCAAAGCUAGAUGAAGAAGGAAACUUCAAAGUCUUACUUCCAACUGAGGUUUUGAACAAAGAUGAAAAUUUGGAAGGAAAGUGCUUUGCACAACUUCACAGUGCUUCUUCUACUCCUUGUCCUUCUCACGAUGGCUCAGAAAUGGCUUCAAUGAUUGUAAUCAAAUCCAAAGAUAAAGGAAAACAAACAUUUGGUUUGCCUAAUGGAAUCAAAUUCAAAAGUGAAACUUGUGUUUCUGCCUUCUUUUGGCAUCAUUAUUAUCAUCACCCUCCUUUGCCUCCUUUCACUUUACCUGUUUUCCCUCCUCAUCCUCCUUUGUAUACCCAUCCCUUGUUCCCUCCUAAAGUUUCGGUACCUCCCCCCGUCCUCGAAAAGCCUCCUCCGGUCUACGAAAAGCCUCCACCGGUUGAAGAGAAGCCUCCACCGGUUGAAGAGAAGCCUCCACCAGUACCAGUUUACAAGAAAAAACCACAGAAGCCACCGGUUUACAAGCCAAAGCCACCGGUCUACAAGCCAAAGCCACCGGUCUACAAGCCGAAGCCACCGGUUUACAAGCCGAAGCCACCGGUGUACGAGCCAAAGCCACCGGUUUACGAGCCGAAGCCACCGGUUUACAAGCCAAAGCCACCGGUUUACAAGCCAAAACCACCUGUUUACAAGCCUCCAACACCACAAAAGCCAGAGUCUCCUCCAUAUUAUAAGCAUCCAUGGUAUAAGAUUCUCCCUCCAAUUUCAAAGCUUCCACCAUGUCCACCAGUUCCAAAGGUUGUUGUCCCUCCAAAGUACUAUUCUCACCCAAAGUUCGGCAAGAAAUUUCCUCCCCAGUCUCCUUCUGUUCCACACCUUAAUUAGAAGAAAACUAAAUACAUUUAGUUUAUAUGCUUAUUGAAGAUGAGUGUUAUCUAUGUUAUAGCACUUUAUAUAUAUAUAUAUAUUGAAUUCUUUGUCAUCUGUAAGUAUAGGGGAAUUUGUUUGAUGUUAUAUUAUAUUUGUAUAUUAGCUUCAAACUUUGUUGUUGUUGUUAUUGUAAUAAAGACUUCAAGUGGAGAUCAGAAGAAGAUCAAAGAAAUUCAGAGGGAGAGAUCAGAAAUGGUAUAUUGUGUAUGUAUUGAGUGUAAUAAUAAUUUGUUUUGUAUUGUAAAAGUUACAAAAGUGAGAUUGAAUUUGAAGGGUGUGGAUUAUGUUUGAGUUUAA